AUGCCUACACUAGUGGCACAACCUGACAAACAUCCUUACUGCACUCCUUUCCCCCCUAAGCAGUCCUACAAACACUUCCAAGCUGGAAGCAAAUCCACUCUACAGGCUACUGGUACCUACAAGACAACACAUCCCAUAAAACUAGCAUCCCCAGGUUUACCAUUGCAACACAGUACUGAACAAUGCAUAGCAUCCAUGAAACCGUCCCUGCUUGGGAAAGAGCAUGCAUCAGAGAACAAACCAGUUGCACAGGUCCCUCCUUCUGCAGAUGCCAACCCAUUGCGUGAUGUCUGCCAGCAGUCCUUUGUUUCUGACCGCACUACCCCCAAUGUACGCAAGAUAUUGGAUUAUUUAUCGAAACCAACUUUACACGUAUCCCGCAAGGAGUUCCACGGUGUCGGAGCGCGAGAAUUCAGAUUAAUAGAACGCAUGGUGGGAGACACGGCCCGAGUGUCGAAGCCUAGGCUAGCUUACGAUUACAACACGCACAUCCUCAUCGCUAACAUGCCCACUGUUCUCCAUGAGGCGUCCUUCAACCAUGUGAUGGUUUUUGUCGGUAAAUUCAUCAACGAUCUUCCCUACGAUGACGACGUUAUUGAUCCAAUGAUCCAAAUGGCUUGGUCGCUGAAGACCGCGAACGGAUCAGUGGUACCAGACAUGGUUGUAACUGUUAACGCUGUGGAGGAACCCACGCGAGUGUUAAUCCCCUUCGUUGGAGAAUGUGCUCUCUCGGAGACUGACGAGCACAUAUUCGGAAAGGCAGAGGAUAUUAUCUUAGCGCAUCCAGAAGUCAUCUGUAUGGUUGUUGUGCUAGUUCGUGAAGCUGCAGACUAUGCUGCCCCCAGUCCUGAUUCCACCGCCUCGAAGACUCUCUGUGACCCGAAAUCCCUCACUCUAGAAGAAUUCCUCGACCUACGCACCACGCCACGUUCAAUCGGCGAGCCCAUCGUAAUGGCUGAUCACACCUGGUGUCACCUCUCUUCGGUUGAGUACUUCGUUUGGGUGAAGAGAGAUGAUGGAUCACCGAUCAAUAUCCGUUCCCAAGAUCCAGCGGACAUGGCGUACGGGACCUUGGUGCCCGAGAUAGCCAUGGAUGCUGUCACGGAGAUGUUUGAACGAGGGUUGACCAAGAUGAAGGAUUACUUUGUCGAUUUCCAGAAGAGGCUUGAGUCUAGCCUCGACUGCGCUGUUCUCGCGGAAGCCAGAGUUGAGUUACAUACUAAGUGGCGCCUCGCCUUCAAACGAUUCCUGAAUGCUUCGGAUGUCACCGCCCACAAGCGUUAUCUCGCCUGGCACGGAGGGAAUUUCGGCGAGGAGGGCAGCGAUUCUUCUUACGUAGAUUCAGAGCAGGCAGAUGAAGAAGAAAAGCCGGUGACCGUUUCAACUUCCGACCGCAAGCGUGCAAGCACAGCACCGCUUCCCUGUUCUAGGUUCAAAAUCCAGAAGUCUUAA